AUGAUCUUGUCUGGAAAAAUUCAUAAUAUGAGACCUAUUGGAUCUCAAGCUAUCCGUGAGACACACUCUACUGAAACACAUGUGCCUGAAGCACAUGCUGUUGAAAAUAAAGGUCGUGGAAAUUAUAAUAACCGUGAUAGAAGACGCGGAAAUUUUCGAGGAAGAGGAAGAGGACGAGGACAAGGUUGUGGAAAUAUUAAUGGACAUGGUAGAAAGUUCCAAAGAUUCGGUAGAGGCCACUUUCCCCAAAAUUGUCAAAAUGGUUAUUACAAUAAUAAUUCUCAAAGGGGAAAACAAGUUGAAUAUCAGAAUAAAAAUAGCCAUCAAGAAGGAAAAGAAAGUAUUUGUUACAAUUGUGGCAUGACAGGGCAUUGGGCACGUACAUGUCGUACUGCCAAACAUUUCGUAGAGCUGUAUCUAGCUUCCCAAAAGAAAAAGGGAAAAGACUUCUAUUUGGAUGGCGAUAAAAAUGAUAAAGAAUAUGAUGAAGAUAUUUGA